AUGGCAGAGGUCGAAGAAAAAGUGAUAAUGACUCCUAAGAGCAAAACAGCUAAUUCUACAGUAUUAAUAGUAGAGAGAAAAAUAGCGGAAGCAGAGCCAAGUGAUAAAAUACAUGUGGCUGGUGGUGACCAUACAGGAAUAAUAAUAAACAAGGAAAAAGUUUACGAAAAUGGUGUAACUGAACCAUGUCAGGCACAGCUAGAGUUCAGUGUGUAUCUGGUGUCAGCGAACACUGGUAGCCACACACGUGAAGCGAGAGGUUUGAAGUUCUGGUUCAAACCUGAGCUGUCUCUUGAUGAUUGUGCUCAUGAAGCACAAGCAUUCUUCCGAGAGUUAGUCAGUCCACAGGACUUUCCGAAAGAUUAUGUCGGGUUUAUCAAGAAGAUCAUUAAAUUGAUGCAAAAUAAGUAUCACAAGUUGAAGCUUCUAGAAAUUGAACUCCGACAAGAAGGUGCAUGCGAUCCGCCUCCAGAAGCAAACGGUGAAAUAACGAGUAAGACAAUUAUAUACAAGUACUGUAACGGUUCUUUCAUUGAAGACAAUCAUGCAAAUCAAACAUUAAUAUCCGAGCAGAGAGUUCUUGAUAUGAUAGAAAAUGCAUAUCCAAACCCAUUGUCCGUUGAUCACUUUGUUGCUGCCGGCAAAUGGUCGAAGGCGGAUGUCAAGGACGCGUUGGAGUCGUUGGAGGAGAAGGGUCUAACUCGUCUCAUGUCUGACGGAGUGUACGUUAGACAACACAGCAUCGACACUCAGGUUGUGAAACAAAUGCCAACUCUGAGCUCAGCCCGACAGCCAACAAUCGCGAUAGUCACAGCCCUGUACUGUGAGAAACAAGCCGUUGAUGCUAUGAUGGAUAAUCAGGAAACAUAUGUCCGUUACACAACCGUGGGUGAAUCAAAUGUAUAUACAUUGGGAACGAUUGGUAGUCAUAGAGUGGUGACGACUAAAUUACCAUCGGUCGGACGUACAAGGGAAGCUAUGACAGCCGCUGGGAACAGUACAACAAGACUAUUAGGCAUCUUCCAAAAGGUUGAAUAUGUCUUGCUGGUGGGUGUGGGGGGAGGGGUUCCCCAUUACACUGAUUACACGAAGCACGUUCGUCUUGGAGACGUAGUGGUAUCAACGCCAGCCCAAGAUCUACCAGACAAAUAUGUCUAUAUAUUUUGCGAGAAGGCCCAACGUAAUGAUAAAGGCGGCUGGGACUACGAAGUCAAACCAUAUAAGCCCGCUGAUUACUUACUACAGAAUAUAGCGCUGCGUCUGGCGCAGAGUAACGCAGAGUGGAGCAACUAUGUUGAAGAGGGUCUGAAUCGUCUGAAAGGUGUGCCGGGUCGUUGGGAGCCGCCAGAGGGCGCCACUGAUCGUCUGUGUGUUGACGUAGGGGGCGGGGCCUUCAUAGAAGUGGCGCACCCAUCACCUCAAGGAGACGCUAUGCGAGCCGCUCGUAUUCACUGCGCGCCUGUAGCGGGGGGACGCGCCGUCGCAGCGGCGGGGGAGGCGAGGGCUGCCUUCGCCUCACACGCCCGGGCUUUAGCAUAUGACUGUGAGCUAGACGCUGUGUUAGAUAGCGUCGUGGGCAAUAGGAAGGACUGCUUUAUAUCUAUUAGAGGUAUAUCUGAUUACCGAGACGGUACUCGUGGUAAGGAGUGGCAGCCUCAUGCUGCACUGGCCGCAGCAGCUGUUAUGAAGUCCAUCAUAACAGCCAUGGACCCUCCCGAGGAAUGUCAUUAA